GAAACAACGGUAUUCAUAUUUUUAACACAGGAAGAAACAAUUUCCAGCGAACUAACUAUUGUGUACGAAACGUCAAGACAAUCAUGUAGUAAAGAACUUGGUGGAACAGUUUCGAAAGAUUUGGACUGUAGAACAACAAUAAAUAAUGAUAAAUUAUGUGAAUCAUUGGAAGAAGAUACAGCCAAUGUGAACGUUGAUGACGAUCAAACGUACAGUAAUGGUCCAGUUGAACUUCAUGUGUCACCAAAGGAAGCUCUUAAAGUGAGAGAAUUUUACCUUUUAUCUAUAGUUUGUAUUUGCUCACAUCAUCCAUUCAUGUUUGUGAAUGUUUUUUAUAAGACAUAUGGACAGACGUUUAUAUCAGACGACACGUUUCUGUCCACUAUUGGUUCUGUAGCUGGAGCUGUUCAUGCCCUUAGCCGAGUGAUUGUGGGCUUACUUCAGGACAAAUUAUCUUACAAGUUAACGAUGCUCCUCUUGCUGGGAAUAAAGACAGUAUUGCUGUUCACUCUGGUGGUGACACCUUAUGGAGGAAAAGUGAUGUACAUGAUAUGGAUUUGUGGGCUCUUUGCUACAUUUCCUCUUGCUUUUGUCUGUAUUCCGGCUGCUGUUGCUGAAGUUUUUGGAACGAAAUACACUGCUGAAAUGUUUGGAAUGGUACUCUUUGCAACAGUAAGUGUAGAGCAAGGAUUACCAACACCAUAA